GCUGACUCAGGAUUCUCCCCCUCCCCUUUCCUCCCCUCUCUCUCUCCUUUCUCUCUCCUCAGCUGAUCAACACCACUUGAAGAGACUUCUACAAGAGGUGCAGCAACCAUGUUUGACCACCUCCUCCUCCUGAGCCCCAUCCUCCUGUUCCUCCCUCUGGUCAUCACUGUCCCGUCCCCUGGAGGUGUCCCUCCUACCCCCUGCCGCCGCUGCUGUGAUGACCUGGAGCUACAGAAGGGCCCCCCAGCCCCUCAGACGGGGGACCAAAAGAGUGGCCUGAACCAGAUGCCUGAAGUCCGCACCUACAUCAACAUGACUAUCCUCAAAGGGGACAAGGGAAACCGCGGGGACAGGGGGACACCUGGGAAGUCUGGUGAGGAAGGCGCUACUGGAUCCCGAGGGCCAAUGGGCCCCAAAGGAACUAAGGGCCAGGUGGGCCCCCCAGGGGACCCCUGCAAGACCCAGGAAGCAGCCUUCUCGGUGGGGCGUCGCAAAUCCCUCCACAGUGUGGACUACUACCAGGCCCUGGUGUUCGACACAGAGUUCGUCAACCUCCACGGCCACUUCGACAUGUUCAAAGGAAAGUUCAACUGCUAUGUCCCUGGGAUCUACUUCUUCAAUGUCAACAUCCACACCUGGAACUUUAAGGAGACCUACCUGCACAUAAUGAGGAAUGACAAGGAGCAGGCCAUCGUGUACGCCCAGCCCAGCGAGAGGUCCAUCAUGCAGAGCCAGAGCCUUAUGUUGCCCCUUGAGCUCAAUGACGAGGUGUGGGUCCGGCUGUACAAGAGGGAGAGGGAGAACGCUGUGUAUAGUGACGAUGUGGAUGUCUACAUCACCUUCAACGGAUACCUCAUCAAGCCCACCCUGGAGUGAGAUGACCUGCUGGGUCGUGUUCAGUAGGCACAAAACAGGAAGAAAACGCUCUAAGCAGUGCCAAACGGGAGGUAUUAUAUGGACUUGUCCAGGAAGAAAUGCUUGUUUUCUUUUUCCGAUGCAAAAUGUUUACAAUGUUUUGGUACGGUGUGCCCUAAUGAACACGAUCCCCAACUGACACGAAGGGAGGGGGCUAGAGGUCAGAGUUCAGGAGGUUCCGAUUGGAAGAGGGGCCUCUUUAUGCAGGGUUACUCAUUGAUGCACACACCUACUUUUAAGUGCCUUUAUACGCUGCAAAGGGAUACUGGGGGCUUGUAAGGUAAUGACUCCAUGUACAUAUCCAUAGACUCCUUGUCCCCUGUAUUGAAAAAUAAAUAUUAUUAGAUGUAUAUGCUCACAAGGAUGCUGGGAGGGAAAAGACCUAUGACACAAGGAAAGAGAUGUCCCCUUAAAGACACAAACCCCUUUAUAAACAUCUGGCUGUAAUGGAUUUCACUGUUGGUUGUUAGCUUUAUUAGGAGGUGUCACAGUGAACUGACACACAUUGAAGUGCUUUGAAACCAUUAGUGAUGCCAGAAGGCCUGGUUGUCUUCCCAAACUCCCAGAUUGGUGCUAUGCCUUAAUACUGUCAUUUGUCUCAGAUGUUUUGUCUGGACACUAGUCUAGUUUGUAUGCUGUUUUUUUUGUGUUCAGUUUCUAAGCUCUUGGAUCAAUUUUGUCUGGUAAAUCUGUUCAUAAGGUCCUGAUAUUUUCCAGCUGGAUAUCAGUUGCACAGUGGGUAUAAAUGAAAAAGACGACAGUAGUCAUUACAGUAGAGGCACAUCUGAUCUCACAAUUUCAAAUAAGAAUAAUAUGAUAAUAGUUCAACAGGGAUCCCUUGGUAACAGGAUACAGAAAUGUUACUUACAGUUUGGUGCUGUUUUUGUUUGGUCUUAUCUAAUCAGAACCUAAUGUGGCAAACUAACAGUGCCAGCUAAAAUAGGGUACCAUUGCACCAUUCAAAUAUGGUUGACAUGGAUCAAGUAUUUAAUUGCACAAAGAAGUCCUCUGAAGUAGAAAGAUGAAUUGAUUGAUUCCAACAGUUCUCUUGGCAGUAUUUCCUUCAAUGACAGCAGCUGGGAUAAGUCUUGUGAGAUUUGGCGCCUUGCCAAAUUUGCCUUGCUGAAUUUGAGUUUUUACGGAAAUGUCAGAGGUUCCUUGUGUGAUACUAUUUUGCCAGGUACUCUGAAAAGUGUUGGCGUGAAACCCAGUAAGACUCCAACAGUAACAUUUCUUCAGGAAAUAGAGCAUUUCUGAGGCUAAAGUCAACACCGAUCCUGUUGCCAGGAGUAGCCUUUUGCUGCAAAUAACCUACAUAAUACAUGGUGCUAAAACAUCCUUCAGUCGUUUUAAAAUCACACUGUAAUGUGUGGUUUUACUGCAGGUUGAUGAAUGUCUGUGUGAGAGUUAGAGUUGGGCUUUACAGGUAUGCAAAAAUAUUUUUGUAAAGAUUCAAAACAGGAUGUCAGAGGGUGCAGGUGAGUUUCCUCUAGUCAGUCAUCCAGACACAGCUCAACCCUCAUAUCACAUGCAGAAGGGAGUCCAGAGAUCAAACAAAGAUAAACGGUUGAUCAAAGGGCUGAUUAAGUGCAAAGACACAGAGAGUGAAUGAAGGACUAAGCAAGACUUUUACAUUUGGAACUGAAUUGCAAAUAUAAUUCUACAUGUGUUUAAUGGUGUGACAGACAGUUGCUUUUCAAUGGAAUGGAAAAAAAGUGCAAGCUAUCCAAAACCCUUCCAAGUUCUUACAGUACUGUGGCCCUCAUAAACCAAUUCCUAACCAUGCAGGUCAACGCUUUUAACAACAGGUGGCAUCCUUCAGCCAAGUUCAAACCUCUUCUCACAGCACUUCGUUGAAUGCUGUUUUUGUGUCAGAAUGGGGAAUGAUUUGAUAGGAAGUUAGCUUUGAGAAGCUGGCCAUUCAGGGGUGAACUUUUCAUUUAGAAAGUUAGCUAGUAGACACAGGUGUAGAGAUGUCACAAUUCGAGAACUAUUCUUCCUUCAUUCAUGACAAAAUGCUCCAAUGAAUUCAACGCUGUUUUGCUGUUCAAGUUACUUGAUUGUUCGUGUCCUUAUGGUGCUAAAUAAUGUACAAAAAGGUGCUACAUUAUAUUUCGUUUUAUAAUUCAAAUACAUGUACAUAUUCCGCUUGCACAUGGAUGACAUAUGACCAAUACAUAUUUUACAUGAACUUUGCAAACCUUUGUUAAUAAAGAUAUUGACACAU